AUGCAGAUCAAGGCUAUCCUCCUCACUCCCCUCCUCGCUGCCGGCAUCGUCUCCGCCGCGCCCAGCAAGCCUGUCCAAUUCGAGGCCAUGGCUCUUCGCUCAGCGAGCCCCAUUCACUUCAGCGCUCUCCAGGCUUCCAAGAGCUUCCUCUCCCUGAACCUCGCCAAGCAGGGUGCCUCAUGCGACAAGAAGUCUGACAACCACGCCGUCUUCAACCUCGUCGGUGACGAGCUCUACCUCUACAAGACCGACAACCCUCCUCAGCAGCUCUACGUCGACCGCUCCGGCAUGGGCCAGGGCGUUCUGGGCUACACCACCGGCGCCCAGGGCAUCCCCAGCAAGGCCGAGCGCAAGGGCUGGAAGAUCGACAAGAGCGGCAACCUGAACUUCAACGGCGCCGGUUUCAUUGCCUGCCCUAACAGCAAGAAGGCUGGUGGCUCCUGGAGCGUCUGGGUCGAUGCUGGCAAUGCCAACCCCGGCGGCAACAAGGGCUGCCUUGGCUUUACUGCUCGCACCAUCAAGACUACCACCCCCAACAGCUGCGAGUACACCCAGCAGCAGUAA